AGAUGCCCUUAGAAGGGGUUUUUGUUCAACCAAACUCAUCUUCAUCAAAACAAACCCCUGAUCUUUCUCUCCAUAUUAGCCCUCCAAAUAAUACUAAUUCCUCAAACAAAUCAUCAUCAUCAACAACACGUACAACAACACAUAAUAGUCUGACCGAGCUUUCUUUAGCUCAUCCAACUACUAAUAAUGAAGAAAAUAGGAGUUUUUCAAGAAACCCUUUUCUCCAACAAAGCCAAAACAUGAAUAGUUGUUAUAUGAUUAAUCAUCAACCACAUGGGGUUUCUUUAUUAGACCCUAUAAAGGGUAUUCCAAUUUAUCAUCAAGAUUCAUUUUCUAAUUUCUUGGAGAAAGAUCCAAAGAGAUUAUCAUCAUUUGGAUCCCUUUAUUCAACACCUUAUAUUAAUAAUUUGGAUCAUUUAUCAUUUUUGAAUAAUUCAUGUGGUACAAAUGUUUCUUCUUCUCGGAUACCUAUUGUGGCUAAUAGAUUUCACAAUCAAUAUUAUAAUGGAGUUGGAUUAGGUUCACCUUCUUCUCAUCAUGAAAAUAGUUUGAUGAUGAGAUCAAGAUUUUUACCUAAAUUUCCAACUAAAAGAAGCAUGAGGGCACCGCGAAUGCGAUGGACAACUUCACUUCAUGCUAGAUUUGUUCAUGCUGUUGAGCUUCUUGGUGGACAUGAAAGGGCUACUCCUAAAUCAGUCUUGGAGCUAAUGGAUGUCAAAGAUCUCACUCUAGCUCAUGUCAAAAGUCAUUUGCAGAUGUAUCGCACUGUUAAAACCACUGACAAACCUGCAGCUUCCUCAGGGCAAUCCGAUGGAUCAGGUGAAGAAGAUCUGUUAGCUAUAGACAGGAUUUUGGAUCAAAGAGGUCCAUCAGAUGGAUGUGAUGAACCUUCUACAACUCUUUGGAGCAACUCCUCUAGUAGUAGAGAAAGAUUAUCACAAGCUAGCUUCAACGAAUCAAAUGGACUCAUCAGAUCAUCAUCUUUUCCAUCUCAACAAAGAUUUGGCCACCAUAUAGAGGAAUGUGAAUAUUCAAGAGCAAUGAGCUAUGUAGGUUGCAGUUUGGAUCAGAAAAACCCUAGCUUGGAGUUCACAUUAGGAAGAUCAGAUUGGGUAGAAAAGAACCAUGACUAAAAUUUGGGCAUCAACACCUUCAAUAUAUUAAAUUUUAUUU